UCCUGCGCCGAGGGCUAGGGCUUCGAGAAGGUCCAUCCUUCCUUCUUUCCUUCCAGCCAUCCAUCCUUCCAUCCUCGUUCUUGUCUGCAGAAGCAGACACGUCUCCCCUGGUCCCCCUCCUUCCAAACCUCCGGGCACUCAGGAGGGGGUGGUCACUUCCGGAAACCCCUUACCCUGGUCACCCAGGAAAGGCAAAUCCGCCCCGGGAUGGCACAAAAGAAAUAUCUGCAAGCAAAACUGACCCACUUCUUAAGGGAAGACAAAAUUCAACUUUGGAAACCUCCAUAUACAACUGAGAACAAAGAAGCUGGUUUGGUAUUGAAGGAACUUGCAAAGAAAUAUUCAGACAAGCUAGAAUGCUGUGAAAAUGAGAUAGAAAAAAUUAUUGAAGAAAUACGGUGUAAAGCAAUUGAACGUGGAACAGGAAAUGAAAAUUUUAAAACCACAGGUAUUGCUACAAUUGAGGUAUUCUUGCCUCCACGACUAAGAAAAGAUAAGAAAAGCUUGUUGGAAACCAAACUACACAUCACUGGCAAAGAACUGAGAUCACAAAUAGCUGAAUCCUUUGGAUUUCAAGAAAACUACAUUAAAAUAGUUAUAAAUAAGAAGCAGCUUCAAUUAGGGAAAACCCUGGAAGAGCAAGGUGUUACACACAAUGUGAAAGCGAUGGUGCUUGAACUCAAACAGUCUGAAGAAGACGCCCGAAGGAAUCUUCAGGAAGAAGAACUAGAGCAAAAUGAAGCUGACAAGAAAGAAAAGAGGAUGCAGAGAACAAAGAGAGGCCUAGAGAUACUGGCACAGAGAGCUGAGACUGUGGAUCCUGAAACAACUCCAUACUUAGAAAUAGCUAAUCAGACAGGCAGAUCAAUCAAAAUACCCACAGCAGAAAAAAAAGCCCUUAUGUUAGCUAUGGGAUAUCAUGAAAAGGGUCGAGCAUUUCUGAAAAGGAAAGAAUAUGGAAUAGCAUUGCCCUGUCUGCUGGAUGCUGACAAAUAUUUCUGUGAAUGUUGCAGAGAACUGGUGGAUACAGUAGAUAAUUAUGCAGUGCUUCAGCUGGAUAUAGUGUGGUGUUACUUCCGUCUGGGACAACUGGAAUGCCUUGAUGAUGCAGAAAGAAAGCUAAAUAUGGCCCAAAAAUGCUUUAAAAACUGCUAUGGGGAAAACCACCAAAGACUAGUCCAUAUAAAAGGAAAUUAUGGGAGAGAAAAGGUACUAUUUUUAAGACUUUAUUUGCUUCAAGGAAUAAGAAACUAUCAUAGUGGUAAUGGGGAGGAGGCUUCUGAAUAUCUCAAUAAGGCACAGCAACUCUAUGAAGAACUGUCUAUAGAUCCUGGCAAAGUUCACAGUUUGUUACAAUUGGGAUUUACUGCUCAGGAAGCCCGGCUUGGCCUAAGGGCUUGUGAUGGGAAUGUGGAUCAUGCUGCCACCCAUAUUACCAACCGAAGAGAGGAAAUUGCCCAAAUAAAGAAAGAAGAAAAAGAAAAGAGAAAAAGACGACUGGAUAACAUAAAUUCUUUGAAAGGAAUGGGCUACUCGGCUCAUGCUGCAAAAGAAGCUCUCCAUCAGGCUAGAGGAAACCUGGAUGAAGCACUUAAGAUUCUUCUGAGUAAUCCUCAGAUGUGGUGGCUAAAUGAUGCAGAUCCUGAGACUAGCAACAACCAGGAGCAUGUUUCUCAAGAAAAUGUUGAUAAGUUGGUAUACAUGGGUUUUGAAGCUGAGACAGCCAAGACAGCUCUCAGAGUAUUUAGAGGAAAUGUUCAACUGGCUGCUCAGACACUUGCUCAUAAUGGAGGAACUCUUCCCUCUGACUUACAAAUACCAUCUGAAGAUUCUUCUUCAACUUCAUCAACAAAAUCUCCUUCAGAUUCUGCUGGUACGUCUAGUGCCUCAACAGAUGAAGAUAUGGAAACAGAGGCAGUCAAUGAAAUCUUGGGUGAUAUUCCAGAACACGAAGAAGAUUAUCUUGACUCAACUCUAGAAGAUGAAGCAUUGGUUAUUGCUGAGUACUUAUCCUAUGUAGAGAAUAUAAAAUCAACAAGCCAGAAAAAGUAGAUGACAAAUUGAAAUAAGUACCUUAAUUUUGUGCUUAUAAAUUCUAUCUGUAUAAAAAAAUCCAAUACAGUCCUUCAUUUUUUUCUUCCUCCCUAUUGCUUGCUUUGACUACUUGAAUGAUCAUUCCCAGGAUAGGGACAGAGAAGAUAAAGGACUAUAAAACUAGGGACCAGCAAAACCCCUGAAAUGUUAGUAGUGGGUGGAGGGGGUGGGUGGGCAGGAAGGGAGAUUACUUUGGCCUGACUUGUCUUUUCUUGUCUUCAUUCAAAUCUGGCCUCCUCACCUUGGCCCACCUGGCCUGGCUUCUUUUCCCUGCAGGUAAUGUGAUUAGGUCAUGAUGAGUUAGCAAGGUAGUCACCAUGCUAGAGAGUGCUGUUGGGAAAGAACAGGGUUUACCCAACCCCUAGCACAGUAGCUGUAGACCAUGACCCUCUUUUCUCUUAGACUGUGCUCUGGAUUCUUUCUUCACAUAGUGCCUGUCCUUGCUUAUAAGCACCUGUGCCUUCCUGUAUCAACCUGGCUACUAUUGUCACUAGAAUUGUGUUUUAAAUUUCUAUUCCAUGUGCAAAAAAAGCAGAUGAAUGGGCUUCAGGUACAGAAUAAAAUAAUGGUAAAUGCCUGGAGCUUUUAAAUACCUUGAUUAUAUAGUAAAAUAUGCGUUUGAAAUUCAGGUCAGGAAUAUGCAUUCAGCAGUUUUGUUUUUUCACAGCUUCAAUUUAUUAAAUGGAAAGCAAAGCAACUCUAUUUUUAAUUAAUCUCUUCCAAAUCUGCACUGUCAUUUAAUGUCAUUGCUAGCAGAGAAAAAACUAUGUAGAGGAAACAAAUAUUUGAUGAUAGAUUUUUUUUUGUAUACUUAUAUUUCAAAGAGUUUAUUUCUAAGGGUAUGUGGUUAAUCUGUUUAGCGGAAUGAAUAAAUCCUUUUCAUAACACCAA